AUGAAUAUAAAUUACCUAUCAAAUGGUAGAAAUUCUCGAAAUAAUUUGCAGCCUUUACUUAACUUUUAGCAAUAAGGUCCCAAACCCUUAAACUUUAGUCAACUCUCUUUGGAAGAUAGUAUUUUAGAAAAGCAGUAACUUUAAUGGAGAGUCAUUUGCAUAUUUCUGAUGUCAUAAUGCAUAGUAGACCUCGCUUAUGGAUUAGAUCAAUUGCGAUUAAGCUAGGCAAACGAUAACACACUAAACCAGAAAAUUUAUACCUUUUUAAUAGCUUUUUCUUCUAUUGAAUUAUUUUUAAUUUUAAUCCUGCUCUGGGUUACGAAUUUUAUCAACCACAGAGUAACUCACUGGAGAGCUUUAAUGACAAUACUAUUAUUUUGUUUACUCUUUGGGUAAGUUGAAUUGAUGUUUUAAUUUCCAAAUAUGUUCAUUAUAAAAUUCAUUACUGUUUAUCUGAUUAUAUACUCUAUGAGGAUACGAUAAAUCAUAGCUGAUUCUGCUAGUAACAAGAUUUGCAUGUUUUUUUUCCUCUGCUACGUGAUUAUUAGGCACCAAUUUUUAUUAAAUUUUAACAUAAUUAUUCUGAUUUAUACUUGCCUAUCAUGCUGUUUUAUGAUGUAUUUCAGUAUUAAAGGGGAUAUUAAUGAGUAGUCUUUCUUACUUAGUUAGCAGUGUAUUCAGGAACUUGUUUCUGAUUAACAUAAGACUAAUAUUAAUUUAGAUUACAAAUCUUACAACUUCCUGCCUUAAAAUUCUAACUUUUUCUACUAUUCUCGCUCACUCUUCAAGUAAAAGCAAAAUAAGAACGAAUAAUAAUAACCAAACAACUAAAGCUAUCCUCAUCCUAAUAGAUAAAUUUCUAAUUGCUUUAAUAAUUAUUUCAGUAGCAACAGUAAUAAUAGCCAAGAAAAAUCUAAUUGCGAAAAUAUACAAUCUAAUCAUCAGCAAAGUUCAACAUACUCCUAAUUAUACAGCAAUUAAAAUUAUUCUUAAAAAAAUUAGGAAUAAAAAAGGAACUCCUAAAACCAAAAUAAAUAAGAUAAAAUAUUUAAUUUUCCAUUAGAAGUGAUAGCUGCCAACCAGCAAAAAUCACCUUUGGCUAACUACUAAAGCCAAAAUACUUAGAAUUUAAAUUAAAUUUACGAAGAUAUUUUGAGUCUCAUCCCCUAAGGAAUUGCUCUAAUUAAUAACUAAAGAGAAGUUGUAAUCUCAAACAAGUCAAUUCUAACACACUUUAAUUGCACAAAAGAGGAAUAGCUCCUCUCCAAAAUAUUCUCCAUAAAUAAAUAAAACUUUGUUAAAUCAGAAGUAGCUAGUAACCAAUCACUCGCAACUCCUCCAUCUAUGAAAAGAGGAAGUACAACCGUUGACGUCAGCAGCAACCAAGUGAGAGGAAAUCGAAAUAGCUCAUUUUCAAGUAUGGUUAAAGAUACUCUUACAUCAAAAAAGAAUAGCAUUUAAUCAGACAGACUUAGUAUUCAGAAAGAUAGAAAAUCUUCUAUAUUAAGCUAAUUCAAAUUAAAGGAAAUGUAAUCUAAAAGAUUAAGCAUUACUAAUAACAAAAAGCAAAUAUCUGAGUUAUUUGAUGAAAUACUUAAUCAGGAUUUGAAUUUUUAGUAUUUCGAUAAAAAAGAUGAUACAGUCAAGAAUAUGAAUACUCCUCCCUCAAAUUAGAGAAGAUUAUCAAUGAAUUUGAAAUUAGGAUUAAAUAAAAAUAAUACUAUGGUGUGUGAAGAAUAAAAUAAAGACUAAUCUAUUCAAUUCACAGUUGAGAAGAAUGUUAUUUAGUACGCUUUCCAUCAAGGAGAAAAAACUUUUAGUUUAAAAAUUAUUUGCUGUGAAAUGCAGCAGCGGUCUCAGACAGUCAUUCCUACUCCUAACCAGGCAAAAGGAAGUAAGAAAAAUAUUCAAACAAACCCUUUUGAUGAAGUGAAUGAGGGUAUUUAAGGAGUAGAACCUGCUAUUUUGAUCAUCACAGAAGAUAUUUCAAAUAAAAUUCUACUCUAAAAAUUAGAGAGAUUAAAUAAGUAGAAGAAGAGGAUGGUUGCCAGUAUUUCUCAUGAAUUAAGAACACCUUUGAAUUGCUCAAUCGGAUUGCUGGAUCUUUUGUUGCAGGAUCCUAAGAUGCCACCUGAUUUGCUGUAAGAAUAUCUGAUGCCUGCACUAUAUUCUAAUAGAUUACUAUUCAAUAUUGUUAAUGAUAUUAUUGAUUUUCACUAAAUUGACUCUGGUAAAUUCUAACUUAAUUUCAAAAUUUUUGAUUUAAGAUAAUUGCUUGAUGAAUGUGCUAUGCUCAUGAAAAUAUCUGUGAGCAGAAAAAAUCUAUAGCUAUUUCUUGAUAUAGAUAAGAAUAUUCCCUCAUAACUAAAUUCAGAUCCUCAAAGAAUAAGAUAAAUUGUAUUAAAUUUGCUUUCAAAUGCAGUUAAGUAUACAUUCAAAGGAUUCAUAAGAAUAGAAGCUGUAAAUUACGAUAGUUAGUAUAUUUAGAUCAAAGUCAUUGAUACAGGUAUAGGAAUAAAAGAAGAAAGCAUGAAUUAAAUCUUUGAAUAAUUCGGUCGAAUUCAAGAAGAAAAGGUACUUGAAACUGAAGGAGCUGGUUUGGGAUUGACUAUAAGUAUGAAUUUGGCCAAGGGUGUUGGUGGAAACAGAGGAAUAGAUGUUUAGAGCACGUUUGGUAAAGGAUCUACAUUCUCCUUUUUUAUACUGAAGUAAGAAUUUAAAAAGAAAGGAGCUUCGAUGACAAAAAAAGAAAUAUUUAAUAAAAGUCUUUAUUAAGUUGUUUCUCACACUCAAGGAAUGAAUUCAGUAGAAUUAAAAGAUUUAUCAAUAGAUGAAGAUAAUUAAAUUAACACAAUCACGAAUACUAGCUUAUCAGCCUAAAAUGGAAAUUCUAAUAAUUCACUGAUAAAUAUUAUAGAAAAUAAUAAAAAUAACGAAAUUAUUUCCGAAAGAAUAAAUUUAGAUAAAAAAAUAGACCAAGAUAAACAAAUAAAUGAAGAUAAAUAUCUUUUGAAUGUGCCUCUCCCAUAAGUUUAGCUUAAUAAAUCAAUAUCUGCUUCUUCUUUUGUUUCUGAAAUAGCAAGUGAAAACAUGUAGUAAACGCAAUACUCUAUAAACUAGCCUGAGACUUAGGAUAUUAGAAAGGAAUUAAAAAUCCAAAAAAGAAAUCCUAGUUAAAUAUCUUAAACAAGCUUUAAUGGCAUAAGUAACGAAAUGAUAUAAGACUUGGAGUCAAAAAGGCAAAAAAGAAAUUCGAAUUAAAUCACAGAAACUAGCAAAGAGCAUGAAUAUGGAAGCAUAUCAGACAGUUUAAAAACAAAGUCUAUUAAUUUAUAGUUCUCAAGCUCGAAUAAAAAUUCAAGUCUUAUUAACUAAAAUGAAGAAGAAACUAAGAGAUCACCUUAAAAGGACUUCUUUUAAAUUGAAAUUUAGAAGCCUAAGAUAUUUAUUAACUAAUUUGUAACUUAAAAAUAAUAAAAUAGUCCUGUUAUAGCCUAAAACUAGAUUGAUUUAAGCGAUACAAGCUAAGAAUUUAUAGACUAAUAAACUAGUUCUGAAAAUGUAGAUGCUUACAAGCAAAUAAAUGAGUGCAAGACUCAUAAUUAAAUGAAAAAAGUUGAUUGCUAUGAAAAAUUCAAGAGUAUGUCGAAAAAUUGUAACAAGCUUAUUAACUAAGUCAGCGAAAAAGAAAUCAGCAGUAGCAACAGCUGCUGCCAAUGUAAAAAAAUACUCGUUGUAGAAGAUAAUGAAUUUAAUCUAUUCUUGCUAAAAAAAAUGCUGUAAUCAUGCAAUCUAGAAGCUGAUUAAGCUAUGAACGGAUAAGAAGCUAUUGAUAAAGUAAUACAAAGUUUUACCUCACAAUGUACUUGCAGGAAUGGCUAUAAAUUAAUUUUCAUGGAUAUAGACAUGCCUAUUAAAAAUGGAUAUGAAGCAACCUAAGAGAUACUUAAAUAUUGCACAUCAAAUGAUAUUAAACCUCCUCUAAUAAGUGCUUGCUCUGCUUACGUCGGAGAAGAAGAUAAAAAGUAAGCAUUAAAAGAGGGAAUGACAUUUUUCAUAACUAAACCUAUUGAAAUGAAAGUACUUUAAAGCGUGCUCAAAAAAGCUUAAGUAAUAAAGUGA